CGGACCGGCCGCCUCAGCUUCCACCCCACGGCCCCCUUCACCACCACCAGCACCAUGGACGACCGCGACGAUCUCUACCUGAUGGAAGAAGAGCUCGAGGAUGGCCGCUAUUACGACGACGUAGACGAUUUGAGCCCGCAACAGCGACUCAAGCGCGUGCUGUACCCUCCGCGACUCAUGGUGGACUUCAAGAGCUUGGGCGUUGAAGCUCUGAGACGCUAUGCCAAGUUCUACCACCUUAAGUUCGACGACGAGGCCGAGAAAGAGGACUUGGCUGCUCAAGUGGCUCGUCACUUCGACAUGUCACUGGAAGUGGAGGAAGACGACUCCAUCGUCGCCUUCAUGCAGCGUCUGCGUAACGGCGAGCGGACGUCGGUCAAGCGCUCGACAGUCCGUGACAAGGAGCGGAAGGCGCAGGCCGCCGCCGACAAGGCCAAGCGCAAGUCCAACAGCCACAAGCGCCAACGUGACCACUCGGUGUCGGUCUCGUCCGGCCGCAACACGACCAACAGCUCGGGUCACAACACGAGCAACGGCAACGCCAACAGCUCGUCCACUCACGGACAGGGCACCAGCCACUCGAGCGGAUCCACUAACGGCCACAGCGGACGUGGACACGGUGAAGGACGCAAGGCUCCACCGAGCAACUCGAAGCCUUCCAACGCGUCCACUGGCAAGAACAAGAAGACGAAGAAGGACGCAGACACGGGCGAGGACAACGAACUGUAUUGCAUCUGUAACCUGCCCAGUUACGGUAAUAUGAUCGCGUGCGACGGGAAGACGUGCCCCAACCCGUCGCAAUGGUACCAUCUCGAGUGUGUGGGUCUGGCGGACGGCCGCCAUCCGGACACGUGGUUGUGUCCGGAGUGCGACCCCAAGGGCUUCUCCGGUGGCUCCUCUCACAGCCACAAGAAGAAGAAGAACAAACGCUCCAAGUCUCCUGGCAACAAGUAAAAAAAAAAAGUUCUUCUCCAAAGCGUGACGUCGCGAAAGAAAACACCAGCUGCCGCGUGAUGUUCCCUUUCGACGUUGCACCCAAUACUGCUUGUCUUCGAUUCAUUCAAAUAUAGCUAUACUGUUGAUCGCUUA